AGGUUUUGGUCCAUUAUUAAUUAGUAAUUACUUAUUACGUUAGUGCAUAGUGAUUCAAUGUUUUUAAGUUUGGUUCUAUUACCUUUUGGUUGGCUUUUCUGUCACCACAAACAAUCAAAAGUCGUUUAUUAACGUGAUACACUUGCAAAUUUUUUAUUUUCAAACGACUUCCAAAAGAAAAGAUAAGAGGCAAGAGCCCUGUGGGAAGUCCUCUGCCAGACAUUUGAAUGAAGACAUGUUCAGACAUUUUGAAGUUUAGCACAGAGAUGCAUUCGAAAAUGUUAAAAGUGGUCAUUUUAGGUGUUACUGUAUCGUUUUUAUGGCUUAACAAAUAAACGUAUCUUGAUAAAAGUGUUAAUAACUUCCAACCAACUGAAGUUUUCAAUCCCAACCGUUGUAUCUCCUCAGAGAAGUUUACCCUUAGUUGGAGAAGAAUAAGAAAUAGAAAUGGCGCCAAUCUUCAGUAAGAACGCAAUUUUAGUUGGAACAGUGGACUGCUUCUGUCUGGUCUGUGAAACCCAUCUCAAGGGGGAAAAGGACACAGGGGCACACAUCGCCAAACCGGUCCACCUGAAACAGCUGGAAGCUAUACAAUAUGUUGAGGAGUUUAAAGCUGAGGGAAUCAAAAAGAUCAAGAACAAAUAUUUCUGCGAGCUAUGCAACAAACUGCUCACAGUACUAGCCAGAGUUCGUUUGCAUGUCACCGAGCAAUCACAUGCAGAUAAUAAAAACAUAAAUUCCUUCAAAAGAGUGGGCAAUCACAUAAUUGCUUUUGAAAAACUUGCCAUAAGCGAUCAGUCGUGGAACGGACUAAACGAAGACUCCUGCGCUGUAUGUAAUAUUGAAUAUGACAACGAGGAGAUUCAUAGGAAUCAGUCUUCCCACAUCCUCAAUGUCAUUCAGAUUCAAGUGGAAGUUGAUAGUGGACAAAAUAUUUAUCGCAAGAUUGAUGAAUUUUCUUUCCAAUGCUUGACAUGCAACAUGGUUCUUGGUAUCAAUUCAUUGACAUCCCAUUUUGUUGAAGAUGAACACAAAACGCUUUACCAAGAAUGUUGCGAUGCUUACAACAAAAUACCACUCAAUACACGGACAGACAAAUUACUUCAAGAUGAGACUGCUAAAUCUGAUGCUAUUAAAAAAGAAGAGACUAAAACUGAGCCAAAAGCAAUUGAAAAUGGUAAUAUAACUAAAAAUGAACCAAUAAAUGAACCAAAUUCAAUUGAAAAUGAUAAAAUAGGUAAAAAAGAACCAAAAUCAAUUGAAAAUGAUGAAAUAGACCGUGUAAAAUUUUCUCUUUUUGUAAGUAAUAUAAAUCAAUUCGAUAAUGCAAAUAAUACGAGUACAUACAAAGCCAAUGAAAACACUGAAUUCGAAUACGAUGAAAAGGACGAACACGAGGAAAAAAUUUGCAAAACAUUAAAGUGCACUAGUGGCUAUAUAACGCGUGCCAAAUCAGGAAAAGCUAAAUGCAUUUUGUGUGAAGAUACGAUGGAUCCUGGAAAUGUUGGCCGUCACGUUAGCGGAAAACAUCACCAAACUAUUCUAAAGCUACACAAAAAACGCUUACAGAAAUUGAAAAACAAAAGUAACAAUCAUACGGCGGGUACACAAAAAGAUACUAAUAUGAUACCCGUUGAUUCUGGCAAAAUUUUGGAUAAAUUGAACGAAUUUCAAAACAACAAUAUCCAAAUCAAUCUCGAAUCGAAGACGGCGUUUUGCAAGAAAUGCAACAAGCAUAUCGAUUUUGUUUGUGAAGCAAUCGAAAAUCACAUUUUGGAACACAAGGAAAUCGAAAACAAAACAAAAACAUUGGAGCUAAAAGUGUCUGAUACGAAAAAAACAUUAUUUACAAGCCCCGUCCACAUCAAACGUAAUAAUGAUGAAGCAAAUACGAAUGAAGAGUCAAUUAAGAAUGACACUUCAAUCAAAAAUGACACGUCAAAUAAAAAUGAUACAACAAGCACAAAAGAUAAUAAGAAGGACGAAGAAAACCUGUUUUGUGCAAAAAAGACUCAGCCAUCUGCAAUUUUAGAGGCUCUGUCCAACAAUGACAAGGAAAACAUACCAAAAAAUACUGAAACUAAGGAAAUUAAAUCGAUUGGUGUAAACCAAGUCUCGAGUUCCAAACCCAAGAAGCCAAAAGCAGUAACGCUGAAUAGGGUUGCCACUAAAAUCUUUAUACAGAACCUAGCCGCUAUGGAGCAUCUGAUGUUUAAAGAUGUGAUAAUAAACAAUAAAUAUUGCAUAAACUUUUUAUGCUUCUGUUUUAUGGUGGAACUCAGGCCGAAUUUGUUUAAGUGUCUAGCAUGCGAGGUAUGUUUGCCACCGCAAGAGUUUGAGAGGCACAUCGAAACGUUAAAACACGCUGAGGCCAUGACCGAGGUACCCGUCAUUGUUAAUGAAGACUCGGAGUUUAUUAGAGAGAUUCGUGAUGGAUGUUUCCAUUGCGGCUAUUGCAACUGUGUGGAAGUGUCCUGGGACAGCAUGGAGGCUCAUCUCAAGGGCUCCUGCCACAAGGUGGGCAAGAACUCCGCUUUAUGGCGCAGGGACGUUUACCAGCCGAGGUUCAUGGGUCCAGGAGUGAUGAAUCGAGAGGUCGAAAGAAUAAUAUCCGAGAGACUUAUUGUGGGUGCGCUGGUUAAUCGAUUUUUUUAAAGCGAAAAGUUAAAAAAAAAGUCUUUUAAAGCGAAAAGUAAAAAAAUAUUUUUUUACUUUUCGCUUUAAAAGACUUUUUUAAAGCGAUAAGUGCGAGUCGCAUUCGCACACGAAGGGUUCCGUACCCAUAGUACGAGAAAUAAGACUUUUUAAUUUUUUUUUUUUUAAUUUUCGUGGUGGUCAUUUUGAAAUUUUUGUUAUUUGUUGUCAUAGCGGCAAUAGAUUCGCAUUCUGUUAAAAUUUCAACUCUAACUGUUACGGUUCACGAGACACAGCCCGCUGAUAGACAGACGGGCGGAAGGACGAACAGUGGAGUGUUAGGUUGAAAUCUAUAGAGCGCACUUUAACUUUACUUAGAUUUACUUUAGUUAAAACGAGACAUUAUGUCAGCGGUAUAACGCUGUCUCGUUUUAACAGUGUCUAAGUCUGAGCAAACUCAAAGUGCGCUCUAUACAUAGAUCUCAGCCUUAGCAAUAGGGUCCCGUUGGUACCCUUCGGGCAGCUUCGGGUACGGAACCCCAAAAGUUUUAAACUCUGAUAAGAUAUGUAGACACGCGAUCGAGUCGAGUCAUGCUGAUUUAAAUGUUAAGUUAGCAAAAAUCUGUGAUCAUACUUUUUAAAGUUUGUGUCCGUGUACACGUUUAUAUACAGGGUUAAAUAAAAAAUAUCAGAAAGCUCUCUGCAAGUAAUUUUUAUCAUUAAAACUAACAACUUUUGUUCUACGACUCUUAAAACUUUCGUAUUGGUUUAUUUCAUAC